AUGCUUAGUUCUGGAAAUACUCAUGGCCCCGAACUACUCACAACGUCUGGUAUCCAAGUUUUCGAUGACAACGGAGACUCUUUUAUCACAGUGGCGAGCCAUGGCUUCCCAGCUGACGAGGUCUAUCAUCCCAACAAGGAUGGUGAGCUCAUUGGUCACGUCACGUAUAAGAUCCCUGACGCGGACAUUUCAUUAGUCCGUCUCUGUCCAAACCAAUACUAUGACAAUGAGACUUUUACGACCAAUAUUCCCGAGGGUAUCAUCGAUGGUCAACGCAUCAAAGGUAUCAGAAAAACGGAUCUUCGCUUCGGGGACAUCGUCACAAUGGAUAACCCUUUUCUGGGAUGGCUUGGCGGACUUUUUGUUGGAGAUCACUUCAUUCGUCUCCCAGAAGAUGAAAAUCGGUGGGUUAAGUGCCACUGGUUAUACCUGGGAAAUGAUAUUGAACCGACUAAUGGCAGUUGUGGAAGUCCUAUUCUGGACAAGGACGGAUUUGUGGUGUCGUUUUUUCGGUUCAUGACGGAAACAUUUCGUGGAUGUGGACUCGGUAUCGCUGCUGGCACUCUACCUGAGUACGGAUACCAUGUUGAGUAA